GGGUCGCGCGCGCCCGCGAGUCACGUGAUAAUCCGGGGUCGCUCGCGCCCUCGAGUCACGUGACAGCCAGGAUCACGUGGUUGUCGUCACACGCUCAGCAUGGCUGGCUUGAGGAUGGUGUCGCUGCUGCUCUUACUUCUGGCUUCGGCAGAGGCGAGGCCCUCGGUGGACUCGGUGGUGGAUCCACCGAAGUUUGGAGAUGUCUACCACAUCUCGGGAGUGCUGCUGCUGCCCUACGCUGAGAUCGAGGAGCCGUUCAAAGCCUGGUUCAACUUGACUGGCAAAGUCAGCAGGAUCGAUUACUAUGGUGGUCAGGUGCUCACGUACCAGCACGCCUCGGAGAAGGAGUUUGGCAUCGCAUACAAGAUCAGUCCUGAGACCACGGAGGAUGUAGUGAAUGUGAAGAAAUGCUUCCAUAUCAAUGGCACCAGCGCCAGUCCUGUAGCCACCCAGGCCGUCAUUCCAGAUCUCACUGGCUUCCAGCCGGCCGGCUCGGAGUUGCUCCGCGGCCGGCACUGCACGGUGUGGAGAAACGUGACGUACCAGGGGAAGAAGAAGGCGACGUACACGCUGUGGGUGGGCACCACCGCCUCCGGGGAGCCCGAGCCCGUGCGGUACGAGAUGCGCGGCUUCAACACCCUGCUGGGCUCCCACGUUGACAAGUACAACGUGGACUACCACACCAUCAGUCACAAGGUGGACCCUGCCGUCUUCCAGCUUCCCAAAGGCACCAAGUGCGUCGGGUUCCCAGGCCCUGGGGCCGAGCACUCGCUGCUCGCAAAUCCCAUGGCGCAGUACGUGCCCAGCGAACCGAGCGCCGUGGACGACACCCACCAGCGCCUCUUCGAACACUUCACGAGCAAGCACGGGCGGGAGUACCCACCGGGCAGCCACGAGCACGAGCGCAGGAAGACCAACUUUGUCCACAAUCUCCGGUUCGUCCACUCGGCGAAUCGUGCCAACCGCACGUACACGCUGGCGCUGAACCACCUGGCUGACCGCUCGGUAGAGGAACUGGCGCUGAUGCGGGGUCGCCAGAAACCCACGACCCCCAACAACGGCCGCCCCUUCCCGGCGCAGAACUACGUGAAUGUGACACCGCCGGACACCAUGGACUGGAGGCUCUACGGGGCCGUGACCCCCGUGAAGGAUCAGGCUUGCUGUGGCUCGUGCUGGAGUUUUGCCACCACUGGGACACUGGAGGGGUCCCUCUUCCUCAAGACAGGGCAGCUGAUCCGCCUGUCGCAGCAGAUGCUCGUCGACUGCACGUGGGGGUUCGGAAACAAUGCGUGCGACGGUGGGGAGGAGUGGCGCGCCUUCGAGUGGAUCAUGAAGCACGGCGGCAUCUCCACCGCGGACACCUAUGGACCCUACAAGGGACAGAACGGCUUCUGCCACUACAAUGAGACGGAGCGCGUGGCGCGCAUAGACCACUACGUGAACGUGACGUCGGGCGACGAACAGGCGCUCCGCUUGGCCAUUUUCAAGAACGGCCCUGUGUCCGUGAGCAUCGACGCCGGCCACCUCUCCUUCGCCUUCUACAGCAACGGCGUCUACUACGAGCCAAAGUGCCAUAGCAAGGUGGACGACCUCAAUCACGCGGUGCUGGGGGUGGGCUACGGCACGCUGGACGGGGAGCCCUAUUGGCUCGUCAAGAACUCGUGGUCCACGUACUGGGGCAACGACGGCUACGUGCUCAUGUCCACGCGCGACAACAACUGCGGCGUCACCACGGACGCCUCCUAUGCCGUGCUCGCCUGAGUGCGCCGGCUUCGCCCCGAUCGUGAGCAGAGCCACUCGCAGGAGAUUUCAGGGUCUUGCCCCCAGCACGCCGGCCGCUCACCCCCCCCGCCCCCGAGCCAUUGGAAUCGGCUUGAGAAGAUGCGAUUAAUCUCGACGCCAUUUUGCCGAUCGCAGCUGCUCUCCGUUGCCGUUGGGUUUUUGGUCUGCCAAAGUAUCGUUCAAAAUACAUUUCACUGAUUUCGUGUGGUUUAGACUUGAUUCGAAGCUUUCGUGACUGCAGGAAUUACUCUUUGGUUUUUUUCGGUGAAGUCACGUAUAAAUGAGAAAUAAUAACGUCGUACGCUAUUAUGUUAUUUUAUUAUUUCUUAUUUAUACAUGACUUUACCGAAAAAAAAAGUAAUUCGUGUGGUUUGUUUAAUUUUCAUGAUCUUGGAUGAUUGUGAUAGUUUUGUAUUCUGAAUUGGGUGUGGUUCUGGUGUAAAGGGGUUUGUUGUCUUUGGAAUAUUUUUUUAUUAAUUUGUGGGACAUUUUCAUGAAAAUAUGAAGUGCUGUUCUAAUGAACGUGCAUGAUUUCGAAGGUAUAUUUGUUGUUAGCCUUUUACAAUCUUGCACAUGUUUUAUUAACCUCAUCAAAUGUCCGAAUAUUAAAAAAAUGAAAAGCGCAAUGUCAAAUCCGUUGAAAAUACACAAUCUUGUUUGCAAAUCAAAGCAUAUUACAUUUUAAAAGAUUGCACAUACAGCCAUAUGCUAUAUGCAGCAUUGACACAUUAAAGAGCAUGGAUAGUGAUAAUUGUAAAAGUAUGAAACAUAUUGCCUGUGCUUCCAUGGAAAUAUUCUCAGAAGUCUCAUACAAGUGCUUCGGGGUUAUUUAGUCGUAAAUACAUCCCAGCACUUGUCUGUAAAAAAGUAAGGAUAGAUCUAUGCCGUUGUUCCCAAAAAUGGAAAGUGGAAUUUGUGCUCCUUGCGCACCGGUCAGUAGGUGGUGUUCAUGCAUUGAGAGAAUGAGGUUACGUGUGCUAGAUCAUCGUAUUUGGUGAUUGGCCUCAUUUCAUAUUCUCAAAAGUUUCUCAAAGUGUCGGAAUAUCCCGAGUUAUCUUGAAAUCAAUGGCGAGGUGUGAAUAAUUUUUAAGAUUUCAAAGCGAAUAAAGGAUUUUUGAAAUAUG